AUGGGCCUCGGAACCUGGGCGUGGGGAAAUAAGUUCCUGUGGGGUUAUGACAAGGCGAUGGACGAGGAGCUUAAGGAGGUAUUUGACCUGGUCGUGUCGCGCGGGAUUAAUAUCUUCGACACUGCUGACUCCUACGGCACUGGAGCGCUUAGCGGCCGCAGCGAGCAGCUACUGGGGCAAUUCAUUCAAGAGUACCCUGGCAGUGACAAGUACCGCAGUGACAUCCGCAUUGCCACCAAGCUCGCCGCGUAUCCCUGGCGCCUCACGCCCGCUCAGAUGGUGGGCGCCUGCAGAGCAUCACUGGAUCGUCUGGGCUUGGAGAAGCUCGCAAUAGGGCAGCUGCAUUGGUCUGCUGCUAACUAUGCUCCGUUGCAGGAGAGGGUGCUGUGGGAUGGGCUCGUCGCUAUGUACGAGGAGGGAUUGGUGGAGUGCGUGGGAGUGAGCAACUACGGCCCGCAGCAACUCGAGCGAAUCUACACAUACCUGCAGGAACGGGGAGUGCCACUUGCUUCGGCACAGGUGCAAUUUUCCCUCUUGAGCUCGGGUGAAGAGCAGGACGACCUGCUGGCCUUCUGUGAGGCCAAUGGCAUCCGCGUUAUAGCAUACUCCCCUCUCGCUCUCGGCGUGCUCUCGGGGAAAUACAGUGCUGACAACCUGCCGCAAGGCCCAAGAGGUAUUUUGUUCCAACAACUGCUGCCCGGCCUGGACCCUCUUCUUGGCCUCAUGACGGAAAUUGGGGAAAAGCGAAACAAAACCCUGCCUCAGGUGGCAAUCAACUGGUGCAUGGCUAAGGGCACAGUCCCCAUCCCAGGAGCCAAGUCCGUCGAGCAAGCCAAGGAAAAUCUGGGAGCGCUUGGCUGGCGGCUGUCGUCCAAUGAGGUUGCAGCUUUGGAUGAUGCUGCUGCUGAGGUGCCACGGCCAAUGAUCCAAAAUAUCUUCCAAACCAAGUGA